AUGGAAGAUAAAAGAGAAUUACUCAAGCAACCUAUACAUGGUAUUUAUAUACCUAUUGGUUUAAUUUUGUUUGGUACAUGGAUCUUUGGAUGGGAAUAUAUGCCAUAUUCCAUUGCUUUUAUUGUCAUUAUUUGUUCAAUGCAAAUUUAUGGUGCUAUUAAACGUAGAUCUUCUAUGCAUGCUGUUAAAUGGCAAGAUUUUGAAUUAUUGGAUAAGACUUUAAUCGGUCCAAUGACUGCUAUUUACAGAUUUAAAUUAGGUAAAGAUGAUGAAGUUUUAGAUAUUCCAACUGGUCAUUCAUUGGCUUGUUGUUUUAAUGUUGAUGGAAAGGAUGAGGUUAGAUAUUAUACUCCUAUUUCUAAUCAAUUUGAUACUGGAUUCUUUGAUAUUUUGGUUAAACAUUAUAAAAAUGGUGUUGUUACUAGAAAAUUGGCAAAUGUUCAAAUUGGUCAAACUGUUAAGUUUAGAGGUCCAUUCGGUAGACUUAAUUACAUUCCUAAUGAAUAUAAAGAAGUUGGAUUGAUUGCUGGUGGUACUGGUAUAACUCCAAUGUUACAAAUCAUCACCAGAAUUAUUACUAAUUUGGAAGAUAAUACUAAAAUCAAAUUAUUGUUUGCCAAUAAUGAAGAAACUGAUAUUUUAUUAAAAGAUGAAUUAGACAACAUGGCUCUGAAAUAUCCUGAUUUAGAUAUCAAAUAUGUUACUGGAGAAUUUGUUAAGAAAUCUGAUUUUGAAUUUUUUUCACCAACUGGUUCAGAUGGUAAACUUGUUGUUUGUGGACCACCAGCUUUUGUGGAAUAUGUUAAUGAUUUAGCCAAAGAAUCCGGAUACCAAAAGGAUGACAUAUUUAAUUUUUAA